GCCUCAAUCCAGAAGGCCGCGACCGAUUUCUAGGGUUUAGUUUUCCUCGCGCCUCCCUCGGCGUCUAGGGUUUCGCCGCCUCACCCCGAUCCACGCGAGCGCCGCGCCGCGCCGCCAUGGAGUUCGACGAGUACGAGUACCUGGAGAAGGCGGUGGAGCCCGCCGCCCCGACGGCCAACGGCUCCGGCGAGAAGGAACGCGGCUCGCGCCGCCGCGAGGGCGGCGAAGAGCGCGUGUCGAAGCUCUCCCGCUCGGGGGAAGACCGCGACCGCGACCGGCACCGCAGCGGCCGCGAGCACCGGGACCGCGAUGACGGGAAGGAGAAGAAGGAGAAGGAGAAGGAGAAGGAGAAGGAGAAGGAGAAGGAGAAGAGCCGCGACCGCGGGAAGGAUAGGGAUAGGGAUAGGGAGGGGAAGGACAGGGAGAAGGGGAGGGAGAGGCAUAAGCUCAGGGAGAGGGAGGUGGAGAGGGAGCGGGAGCGGCGGAGCCGGAGCCGGUCGGAGCGGCGCCGCGCUGAGGAGGAAGAGAUGGUGAGGGAACUGCAGCGGGAGCGCGAGCGCAGCGAGCGCCAUCACUACCGUGACCGUGAUGUCAGACGUAAGAAAGAUGACGGUACAGAAACAGAAGUUGACCCAGAAAGGGACCAGAGGACUGUGUUUGCCUUCCAGCUAUCCUUGAAGGCAGACGAAAGAGAUGUUUAUGAAUUCUUCUCAAGGGCUGGGAAGGUCCGUGAUGUUCGCCUUAUUAUGGACCGAAACUCACGGCGUUCAAAAGGAGUUGGGUACAUCGAGUUUUACGACGUUAUGUCUGUUCCAAUGGCGAUUGCUCUGUCUGGACAACUGCUUCUUGGGCAACAAGUGAUGGUUAAGCCAUCUGAGGCCGAAAAGAACUUGGUUCAGUCAAAUGCAACGUCCGGUAGUGCAGCUUUAGGUGGAGCAAGAAAGUUGUAUGUUGGCAAUCUUCACUCCAAUAUCACCGAGGACCAAUUGAGACAGGUCUUCGAACCAUUUGGGCAAGUGGAGCUUGUACAGCUACCUGUAGAUGCACUGACUGGGCUGUGCAAAGGUUAUGGUUUCAUUCAGUUUGCACGGCUUGAAGAUGCAAGAGCUGCACAGAGCUUAAAUGGUCAGCUUGAUAUUGCUGGCAGAGUAAUUAAGGUUUCAGCUGUUACUGAUCAUGUGGGUGUCCAAGUUAGUGGAGCAACUACUGGAGAUUUAGAUGAUGACGAAGGUGGAGGCUUGGCAUUAAAUGCAAGCUCCAGAGCUGCUCUUAUGCUGAAAUUGGAUCGGAGUGGCACUGCAACCAGCUUAACUGGUGGUAUUGGUGCCGCUGGUGCUCUACCAGCUGCAUCAGUUAUUGGGGCUCCUUCAGCAGCUGCUCCUCUUCUGCAGCCAACAAUUUCUGCUGUUGGAUUAGUUCCUGGGGCACCUGUGCUUCCUGUUACCACUCAGUCUGCAGCCAUGUCUACACCUACUGAAUUCCUAUUGCUUAAGAACAUGUUUGACCCAGCAGUUGAGACGGAUCCUGAUUUUGAUUUGGAUAUUAAAGAUGAUGUCCAAGAAGAAUGUUCCAAGUUUGGUUUAGUGAAGCACAUUUUUGUUGACAAACAUACUGCUGGCUUUGUGUAUCUGCAAUUCGAUAGCGUGAUGGGAGCAAUGAAGGCACAACAAGCACUUCAUGGAAGAUGGUUCGCCGGAAAGAUGAUUACGGCGACCUUUAUGUCAGCGGAGGAGUAUAAUACUAAGUUCCCGAACUUGUGAAUAGCUUAUGUGCCGAACAAUUGGCAAGAGUGCAAGAUCCACUUAGUUGUUCUUGUAGUAAGUGGUGUAUGGUUUGGAGGAAUACCUUUAAUUGUACGGCAUGACUGUUGCAGCAUUGGUGUCAGUUCAACACUGUAUGUACUGUACGGCGUCACCUGGUUGCAAGGCCUUCUUUCUUGUAGAACAAUAUCCCCAAUUUCUUGUAGCAUGCUUGAUUUACUGGGUGA